AUGCAUAUGUUGCGCAGUAGAAGGGGACAGGCGGUACUGGUUUGCAGUUUGAUAAGGAGCUCGAAUCAGCUUUGGGAUUAUCCGAACGGCUUUGCUCCAAUCAAUCACAUGGUUAUCGAGGGUUUGCGCAAAUCCAAUCAUCCAGUGUAUGACCACAUGCAACAAAAAGCAUUCGAAUUAGCAAAUCGAUGGAUCAAUCGAAACUAUCGCGUUUAUCAAAGCGAUCACAAAUUAUGGCAAAGAUAUGAUGUCGCCAAAGAUUACAUUCGAACAGCGAAAGGAGGCGAUUACGAUAAUCAGGUCGGUUUUCAGCGUUAG